GAGAAAGAACCGGAAAGCAGCGAGUGACUACUAUAUUUCAUCGCUCUCCUUUUCACUAAUAUUAUAUAGUCUAUAUAUAAAACAAAAUUAUUAAACAGAUAUCUCCUUCACUCCCUUUUUCGCCCCCCCACCCACCCUCUGAACUCCUGCGAUCUCCGACGUAUUCACUUCUGCAAGAUCCAAUUCACUCAAGGAGCAGACAUGAUAGAAUGCAGCGUAUGCCACUCGAAAAUAUCAGCAAAUAAUAACAACAGCAAAGCAGUGGCCAGAGCAUACGAUAGACAUAGAAGCGAUGUGUCGUCUAAAACACGCUUUCUUAAUCUUCUUUUGGUAGUUGGCGAUUGCAUCUUAGUCGGUCUCCAGCCAAUAUUGGUGUAUAUGUCAAAGGAGGAUGGGAAAUUCGAGUUUAGCCCCACAAGUGUUAAUUUCUUGACCGAGACUGCAAAAGUUUUUUUUGCAAUUUUUAUGCUCUUGAUCCAGGCUCGACGGAAAAAAGUUGGGGAGAAAUCUCUUGUUUCUCUCUCUACCUUUGUCCAGGCUGCUCGAAACAAUGUGCUUCUUGCUGUUCCAGCUUUCCUAUAUGCAAUUAGCAAUUAUUUAAAGUUUAUUAUGCAGCUUUACUUUAAUCCUGCGACGGUGAAGAUGCUGGGCAACCUGAAGGUUUUGGUGAUUGCUGUGUUGUUGAAGAUGAUCAUGAAACGGAGAUUCUCAAUCAUUCAGUGGGAAGCUCUUGCUCUAUUGCUCAUUGGAAUUAGUGUGAAUCAGUUACGAACUCUGCCCGAGGGCUCCUCUGCAAUGGGUCUUUCAGUUGCAACAGGAGCAUACUUGUACACACUAAUUUUUGUUAGUGUUCCAUCAUUCGCAUCAGUCUACAAUGAGUAUGCUUUGAAGAGUCAAUUUGAGACUAGCAUUUACCUUCAGAACCUUUUCCUGUAUGGAUAUGGUGCCAUAUUCAACUUCCUAGCCAUUCUUGUGACUGCCAUAUUUAAAGGUACUAGCAGCUUGGAUAUACUACAUGGGCAUUCAAGAGCUACCAUGCUGUUGAUAUGUAACAAUGCAGCACAAGGGAUUUUAUCAUCUUUCUUUUUCAAAUAUGCAGAUACAAUUUUGAAAAAGUACUCGUCAACAGUAGCAACAAUUUUUACAGGAAUAGCAUCUGCUGUACUUUUUGGUCAUGCCCUGACAAUGAAUUUUAUCUUAGGAAUCUCUAUUGUAUUUAUCUCCAUGCACCAGUUCUUUUCACCACAUUCAAAGGUUAAGGAUGAACCACGGGAUGAUAGUCUGGAAAUGGUUGAUAGUCAGAACAGCCAGAGGUCUAAGGAUUCAUCCUUCAUAAAUAUGACAGCUGGAGCCAAUGAUGAUGCUAGUCAUCAUGUUGGACAUGAUGAGAAGGCACCUCUGCUUCCCAUAUAGAGUUUUCAGUGGCUAGGAUCCACACUAUUGUUUUCUGAUGCUUAAGCUAUAGCAGCUAGUAGACUUGCUUUUUCCCCACAAAGACAAGGACCCCCCCGCAACAACUGAUAUUGCAUGGAUGCACAGAUAAUCUACCUAUGAAUGAAAUUCCCCGAGUCUGUUCUGGUGGUCUAGUUGGCAACUACAAGAGUUAGGACCUUAGACAUGCGCGCAAAAAUAUUUAGAGGCAUGGUGCCUUGCACUGAUCGAAGAUAUUCAUGAAGACGUUCUAUUAGGCUUUUCUACCUGAGCUUAUUUAUUCACUGUCUAAAGUUUUGCCUGUCACACAUGGAACAAUAGAACAUCCGAAUGUGAAGGAUCUCAUGAAAAUUAUUGGCAAAAGCUGAGAAACACAACAUCACAACUGAAAGCACAGAAUCAGUGACAAAAGGCCCAAAUUAGUAGCGAGAUGCUCUUGGUCUGUACAUUCGUAUGUAUGUAUAAAUAUAGCUGAGAAUAUUGCCGGCUUUUGCAACACAAUAGUAUAUAUGCUGUGUAAAAUAAAUUAUUUAUUUCAUAUUAGGAUUCCCUACAUCAUUGCCCGUUAA